AUGGCAUCGCCGAUGUCGCUGAGACACUGCUCCACAAACCCUUCGCUCGGCGUCGUUUGCCGCCUCCAUGGCCACUCCAAGCUUGGCCAUGCAGCUCCGGGUCUCCCGGAACAGCUACUCAUCGGAAGGAGACAAGCAACAGCAGCAGCAGCUGUAGCAGUAGCUCUCCAUGCCAAGGAAGCCAUCUCCGGUUCGAGCGUCGCUUCCGCCUUGGAGUUCAGAUUCACCGCUCCGGAACAGACACCCGAAGAAGCAGACGCGGUGGUGAAGAUCCAUGCAAGAGAUCUGGUGCGGAUAAAGGCUUUGAUCGAUUCGCAGUCGUGGAGAGAAGCCCAGAUCGCGCUUCGCGAGAGCUCGUCGUAUCUGAAGCAGGAUCUCUACACGAUCAUCCAAGCAAAGCCGGGAAGCCAGCGGCCACAGCUGAGGAAGCUCUACUCUCACCUCUUCAACGAUGUCUCAAGUCUGGAUUAUGCUGCCAGAGACAAAGAUGCUCGCCGAGUUCAAGAGUGCUAUGAUAACAUCGUUGCGACACUCAAUGAGAUUUUUGUUCUGAUCUAACAAAUGCAGACGUUGAUGUUUGUUCUA